AUGAAGAUGUUGACAAGACUCCAAGUUCUCAUGUUAGCUUUGUUUUCAAAGGGAUUUUUACUCUCUUUAGGGGACCAUAACUUUCUGAGGAGGGAAAUUAAAAUAGAAGGUGACCUUGUUUUAGGGGGUCUGUUUCCUAUUAAUGAAAAAGGCACUGGAACUGAGGAAUGUGGGCGAAUCAAUGAGGACCGAGGGAUCCAACGCCUGGAAGCCAUGUUGUUUGCUAUUGAUGAAAUCAACAAAGACAAUUACUUGCUACCAGGAGUGAAGUUGGGUGUGCACAUUUUGGAUACAUGCUCAAGGGAUACCUAUGCAUUAGAGCAAUCACUGGAAUUUGUCAGGGCAUCUUUGACUAAAGUGGAUGAAGCUGAGUAUAUGUGUCCUGAUGGAUCCUAUGCCAUCCAAGAAAAUAUCCCACUGCUCAUCGCAGGGGUCAUCGGCGGCUCAUACAGCAGUGUUUCCAUACAGGUGGCAAACCUGCUAAGGCUCUUCCAGAUCCCUCAGAUAAGCUACGCGUCCACCAGCGCCAAACUCAGCGACAAGUCGCGCUAUGAUUACUUUGCCAGGACCGUGCCCCCGGACUUCUACCAGGCCAAAGCCAUGGCCGAGAUCCUGCGUUUCUUCAACUGGACCUACGUGUCCACCGUGGCCUCGGAGGGCGACUACGGGGAGACGGGCAUCGAGGCCUUUGAGCAGGAAGCCCGCCAGCGCAACAUCUGCAUCGCCACGGCGGAGAAGGUGGGUCGCUCCAACAUCCGCAAGUCCUACGACAGCGUGAUCCGCGAGCUGCUGCAGAAGCCCAACGCGCGCGUCGUGGUCCUCUUCAUGCGCAGCGACGACUCGCGCGAGCUCAUCGCUGCCGCCAGCCGCGCCAACGCCUCCUUCACCUGGGUGGCCAGCGACGGCUGGGGCGCGCAGGAGAGCAUCGUCAAGGGCAGCGAGCACGUGGCCUACGGCGCCAUCACGCUGGAGCUCGCCUCGCACCCCGUCCGCCAGUUCGACCGCUACUUCCAGAGCCUCAACCCCUACAACAACCACCGCAACCCCUGGUUCCGGGACUUCUGGGAGCAGAAGUUCCAGUGCAGCCUCCAGAACAAGCGGAACCACCGGCGCGCGUGCGACAAGCACCUGGCCAUCGACAGCAGCAACUACGAGCAAGAGUCCAAGAUCAUGUUUGUGGUGAACGCGGUGUAUGCCAUGGCCCACGCCCUGCACAAAAUGCAGCGUACGCUGUGUCCCAACACCACCAAGCUGUGCGAUGCUAUGAAGAUCCUGGACGGGAAGAAGUUGUACAAGGACUAUUUGCUGAAAAUCAACUUCACAGCUCCAUUCAACCCAAAUAAAGGUGCCGAUAGCAUUGUCAAGUUUGACACUUUCGGAGAUGGAAUGGGACGAUACAACGUGUUCAAUUUCCAGUACGUGGGUGGCAAGUAUUCCUACUUGAAGGUUGGUCACUGGGCAGAAACCUUAUCACUUGAUGUUGACUCUAUCCACUGGUCCCGGAACUCGGUCCCCACUUCCCAGUGCAGUGACCCCUGUGCCCCCAAUGAAAUGAAGAACAUGCAACCAGGGGAUGUCUGCUGCUGGAUCUGUAUCCCCUGUGAGCCCUACGAAUACCUGGCUGACGAGUUUACCUGUAUGGACUGCGGCCUCGGGCAGUGGCCCACUGCAGACCUGUCUGCCUGCUUUAAUCUCCCCGAGGACUACAUCAGGUGGGAAGAUGCCUGGGCCAUUGGUCCAGUGACCAUCGCCUGCCUGGGCUUUAUGUGUACAUGCAUUGUUGUGACUGUUUUCAUCAAGCACAACAACACACCCUUGGUCAAAGCAUCAGGCCGGGAGCUCUGCUACAUCUUGUUGUUUGGGGUUGGUCUGUCCUAUUGCAUGACAUUCUUCUUCAUUGCCAAGCCAUCACCAGUCAUCUGUGCUUUGCGUCGACUAGGGCUGGGGACCUCCUUUGCUGUCUGUUACUCAGCCCUGCUGACCAAGACAAACUGCAUCGCCCGCAUCUUUGAUGGGGUAAAGAAUGGAGCUCAGAGGCCAAAAUUCAUCAGCCCGAGUUCUCAGGUUUUCAUCUGCCUGGGUCUGAUACUGGUGCAAAUUGUGGUGGUGUCUGUGUGGCUGAUCCUGGAAGCUCCAGGCACCAGGCGCUACACCCUUCCAGAGAAGCGGGAGACAGUCAUCUUAAAAUGCAAUGUCAGAGAUUCCAGCAUGUUGAUCUCACUCACCUACGAUGUGGUCCUGGUGAUCUUAUGCACUGUGUAUGCCUUCAAAACUCGGAAGUGCCCAGAAAAUUUCAACGAAGCCAAGUUCAUUGGUUUUACCAUGUAUACCACGUGCAUCAUCUGGCUUGCCUUCCUCCCUAUAUUUUAUGUGACAUCAAGUGAUUACAGAGUGCAGACAACAACCAUGUGCAUCUCUGUUAGCCUGAGUGGCUUCGUGGUCCUGGGCUGUUUGUUUGCACCCAAGGUGCACAUCAUCCUGUUCCAACCCCAGAAGAAUGUGGUCACACACAGACUGCACCUCAACAGGUUCAGUGUCAGCGGAACGGGGACCACAUAUUCUCAGUCCUCUGCAAGCACGUACGUCCCCACGGUGUGCAAUGGGCGGGAAGUUCUCGACGCCACCACCUCAUCUCUGUGA